AUGGGCGAAGUUUUUGGCAUAAUUGUAGGACCCAUUGGAAGUGCAUAUAUUCACACUAGUACAAAAUUAUUGUAUGACUGGAAGGCAAUACAAACAAUUUCUGCAAUGAUUCUAUGUGAAUAUUUAUCUCAAAAUUCUGGGCCAUUAUGGAAGGCAAUUAGAGGUGGUGGAUAUGGUUAUGGUGUUUAUUUGUCUGUUUUGCCCGAUAGUAGUAUAGUUCAACUCGAAAUAGAUUGUUCUAACCUUACCUCUGCUUAUAAAAUUACAAAUGAAACAGUUGUAGGCUUUUAA